AUGUCUACUGUAACUGAGAUAGAACUUAUCAAGUCCUAUGUCCAUGACUACUUUGACAGUCUUGAUGAAAGGAUAAAAAAUUACUUCGAUGAAAGUAGUGUAAAUAAUAAAUAAAAAUAGCAACAAAAUUUGGGGGCAUCGACUGGAAUGUAAUCUGCAAAUUGUAAAAGCACCCUAAAGGACAAAGGAACCUUGCAAUACGGGGAGACUUUUGAUGGGAAACUCUUUAUGAGAGAUAAGAUUCAAUUCAAUGAAAUCAAGUUGAAUUAUGUAGUCAUAGCAAAGGCCUGUGAUCAGUCUUUGAAUCAUGUUGAAAAAGCUGUUCAAGAUCUUUAGUCUCAACUAAUAACAAUGCUGUCAAGCGAUAAAACUCAGCAGUUCAGAAUCAACUUCAAAAUAGGAUAGCUAAUUAUAAAUUCUAACAAAAUUAUGAACUUUAUCCCAGAGAGUUAUUAAAUUUUAAAAAGAGUGAGAGGCUAGAACAAAUCUUAGAUUGUUUAUGAUGCUUAUACCAAUUUAGACGAUAAACAUCUUAUGGACAGCGAUAAAAAUUCUAGGAAAAACUACAAUUCUAGCACUAAAUAGUUAUAGCUGGAGAAUAAUUUCAACAAGACGUCUAGAUAUAGUGUAAAUUCUGAAACUCUGAGCUAGUUAUUGUAAAAAACAAGUAAGAGGGGGUUGAACAAAUCGUAACUUAUAACCCAGCCAGAUAAUAUGAAUAAAUCUUGUUAUGGGUCUCACUACUUUAAUACCCCAUUGAUCAAUUCUCUAAACAAGCAAGUCAGUAAUGAAUUGAAAUUGAGAAAGUCAACAUAUAAUUUGAAUAGUGCUUUGAGUGGAAAUAAGCCAUACUAAGACGAAUAAUUUCUGCCUAAUUUAAAUGAGGGUAAUGCAAUGAGAUCACAAUCAUAGCUUUAAGGAGAUUCUGUUGAAGCUUAUGGUAAGAUUCCUGUAAUCUAAGCCUAGUUUAUCAAAGACAACUAAUAAAGCAAUGUUUCAAAUCAAGAGCUAUAACUUAAUAUUAGCAAAAAUACUUCUCAUUUGCAUAAGCACACAGCUAGUUAAGGGAAAAUUCAAAGUUUGCUUUCAAAAUUUGACCCUGAUACUAAUAGAAGAUAUCAAACUCCAUCAAGAGAUUUUGAUUAUCAUUACCAAAAUGAUUCCUAUAAAAAUCACGACAGAAGCCAAAAUAGCCCAGAUGACUCGAAACGUUCUAACUCUAUGUACAAAUCUUCUUCUACUUCUUUCACACAUGCUUACAGUUCAAAUCAUCAUAAGAAUUAGAUUCUGAAGAUGAGUUAAAAUACUGAGAGUGUCUAUUAGCAGGCAAUGGAUAGAUACAUAAGUAAUGUAACUACUAAAGAAUAGGAAAGCAAAAGUGACAUUGAAAACAUGAGAAAGAGCUAAAUGGAACACAGAAGACAUCAAGAUUAUCUUCUCCAAAGAAAGAGGUAGUAACAAGAAAGCACACUCAAAUUCCUAAUGGAAUAAGCAAGAUAAAAGAAAGAGAAAGAUCAGUUCUAGAAGAAAAUCAUAUAGUAAGCAACUGCACAGGAAACACAUUUCGGGCCUUAAGAAGAUGAGGAUUAUGUCAUUAAAAUGAAAAAAUAGCUUCAUGAUUUACAAUCAAAGUAUCGAGAGGGCCUUAUCUCUUAACUUGGCCAUAUACGAUAGUCUUAGACAUAUAAGAAAGAAUAACAGAAAGAGGUCGAUAUUUAAUUAGUUAACGAGAACAUACAAAAACAGAAUGAAAUCAAGGAAUAGAUAAUGUAGAGAAAACUUGAUAGCAAACGACUUUGUAAAGAAGUGUGGGAUGAGCAAGUUCAACUAAAAUUAAAGCAUAAAUCUUUAAAGGGAUACCUAUUUUGA